AUGGAUUCUGCAAUAAGGGAUAAAGGACAAAGACAUUACAAACAAGGCUCGUAUAUGAACCUGCCCUUUACCCGAAUGAAAUUAACCAAUAAAACCAUUGAACAGGCCACAACACGUAAAUUGUGCGGAUCAGGUGUCAAAACUCAUCAUAAACAUUGA